UGAAUAAAAAGUAAAAAAAACAAGCUUGUCUAUGACAAAUCUGGCGUCUCCGUUGUUUCGUUGAGAUCGUGUAAUUGUAAUUUACAAGGUGUAAAAAUGUUGUUUUGUAAAAGCCAUUACAACUAAUGCAUGCUUAGUAUUGUUUCAAAGAUAUAUUGUGCGUUGCGUUGAUCGCAAUCGUUCUAUAAGCACAACCAUCAAGAUGGCUGAUAUAAAGUCAAUGUUUAACAAAAUGAAUAGUGCCACGACAAACGGCACGGCGGACGGUGCACCGCACGCCAAAGGGCAGAAAGGCUCUAUAGAGAAGAUAUAUCAGAAGAAGUCCCAGUUAGAGCACAUCCUCCUGCGUCCGGACACAUACAUCGGUUCCGUUGAGCGGGCCACUGAGACUAUGUGGGUGUAUGACAAGGCUAAGGAGUGUAUGGUGCAACGGGAAUUGACUUUUGUGCCAGGUUUAUACAAGAUAUAUGACGAAAUUUUAGUAAACGCGGCUGACAAUAAACAGAGAGACCCCAAAAUGGACGUAAUUAAAAUUGACAUAAAUCAAGAACAAAACACAAUAUCUGUGUAUAACAAUGGAUGCGGAAUCCCAGUGGUAAUGCACAAAGAAGAGAAAAUGUUUGUCCCAACUAUGAUCUUUGGGCAUCUGCUUACAUCAUCCAACUACAAUGAUGAAGAAGAGAAAGUGACAGGAGGUAGGAAUGGAUAUGGUGCUAAGCUUUGCAACAUUUUCUCAACAAAAUUUACAGUGGAGACUGCAUCAAAGCAGUAUAAGAAACAUUUUAAGCAGACAUGGGGCUCCAACAUGACGAAAGCUUCCGACCCUAAGGUCAAGGAGGCCGGCAAAGAUGAUGAUUUUACUAAAGUGACAUUCAGCCCAGACUUAGCUAAGUUUAAGAUGGAGAAACUCGAAGACGACAUCGUUGCUCUGAUGUCGCGACGAGCGUACGACGUCGCCGCGUCCUCUCACGGCGUCAAAGUUUACCUGAACGGUGAAAGACUUAAAAUAAAUAAGUUUAAAGACUAUGUAGAUCUAUACAUAAAAGGCAAGGAGGACGAAAACGGACAGCCGUUGAAAGUUGUUUACGAGAAAGUAAACGACCGCUGGGAGGUCGCACUCACUCUCUCUGACAGGGGAUUCCAACAAGUAUCAUUCGUUAACUCAAUCGCGACCACUAAAGGUGGUAAACACGUCGACACUGUCUGUGACGGUGUUGUUAAGAAUGUCCUCGAAGUGUUAAAGAAGAAAAAUAAAGGAGGUGUUAACAUUAAACCUUUCCAAGUGAAAAAUCACAUGUGGUUGUUCAUCAACUGCUUGAUCGUAAACCCAACCUUUGACUCGCAGACUAAAGAAAACAUGACACUCCAAGCAAAGAGCUUUGGUUCGAAAUGCAAUUUCUCUGAGAAAUUUAUAACGGCCGUCACUAAAUCGGGCCUUGUCGAGUCUGUAUUAACUUGGGCUAAAUUUAAAGCACAAACUGAGCUGGUGAAGGCGUCAGGUAAGAAACAGAGUAAGUUGAAAGGUAUACCGAAGUUGGAAGAUGCGAACGACGCGGGAACAAAGAACGCGCAUCUCUGUACGUUAAUUCUCACUGAGGGAGACUCGGCUAAAACAUUGGCUGUGUCAGGCCUUAGUGUAGUAGGGAGGGACCACUACGGCGUUUUCCCGCUGAAGGGUAAGCCUUUGAACGUGCGAGACGCAUCACACAAGCAAGUGUUGGAAAAUGUGGAAAUCAACAAUCUGAUCAAAAUUCUCGGUCUGCAGUACAAAAAGAAGUACAAUUCCGUGGACGAUUUAAAAACACUGCGAUACGGUAAAGUGAUGAUAAUGGCUGAUCAGGAUCAAGAUGGAUCCCACAUAAAAGGUUUGAUUAUUAAUUUCAUACAUCACAACUGGCCCGAGUUGCUCAAGUUGCCAUUCUUAGAAGAGUUCAUUACUCCCAUCGUGAAGGCAACAAAGAAAGACAAGGAGAUAUCUUUCUACUCAUUACCAGAAUUUGAGGAGUGGAAGAGGGAUACGGACAACCAUCAUACAUACAAUAUCAAAUACUACAAAGGUUUGGGUACCUCCACAUCUAAGGAGGCUAAAGAAUACUUUCAGAACAUGGAGAGGCACAGAAUCAAGUUCAAGUAUGGAGGUCCUACAGAUGACCAUCACAUCGAGCUGGCUUUCUCGAAGAAGGGUGCGGACCAACGUAAGGAAUGGCUGACGAACCACAUGGAUGAAGUGAAAAGGCGGAAGGAGAUCGGUCUGCCGGAGAGAUAUUUGUAUACAAAAGAAACAAAAACCGUUUCGUAUUCAGAUUUCGUUAAUUUAGAGCUGGUUCUCUUCUCGAACGGCGAUAAUGUUAGGUCGAUUCCGUCGAUGAUAGACGGUUUGAAGCCUGGCCAGCGUAAGGUGAUCUUCACGUGCAUAAAGCGUAAUGACAAGCGGGAGGUCAAAGUGGCGCAACUGGCUGGUUCCGUCGCUGAACAUUCCGCUUACCAUCACGGUGAACAGUCGCUAGCGAUGACGAUCGUGAACUUGGCGCAAAACUACGUGGGCUCCAACAACAUCAACCUGCUAGAGCCGCGGGGCCAGUUCGGUACUCGACUCAACGGCGGCAAGGACUCUGCCAGCCCCCGUUACAUCUUCACGCUCAUGUCGCCGCUCACCAGGCUCGUGUUCCACCCACACGACGACCCGCUGCUUGUGCACGAGUUUGAAGACAAUCAAAAGAUCGAGCCGGUUUACUACCUGCCCAUCAUACCGAUGGUGUUGGUGAACGGCGCCGAGGGCAUCGGCACGGGCUGGUCCACGAAGCUGCCCAACUACAACCCCAGGGAUAUCGUCGCGAACAUCCGGCGUAUGUUGGACGGCGACGAGCCUAAACCGAUGCACCCUUGGUACAAGAACUUCCGCGGCACAAUAGAAGGCUUCGGCGACAAAUACGUGAUAUCCGGCGAGGCGGCCAUAUUGCCCGGCGAGAAGAUCGAGAUCACAGAGCUUCCGGUCGGCACGUGGACGCAGAACUACAAAGAGAACGUUCUAGAACCGAUGCUCGGCACUGAUAAGGUGAAACCGCUGAUAUCGGAAUAUAGGGAAUACAACACAGACACAACUGUCCGUUUCGUGGUGUCCUUACUGCCUGGCAAGCUGGCGGAAGUGGAAGCGGAGGGCAUCCACAAAGUGUUUAAACUGCAGACCACCAUAUCCAUGACUUGCAUGAAUGCUUUCGACCACAACUGCUGCCUUAAGAAAUACGACAAAGUAGAAGAGAUCCUCCGCGACUUCUACGAGCUGCGCAUCAGAUACUACGCGCGGCGCAAGGAGUACCUCGAGGGCCAGCUGCAGGCCGAGGCGGACAAGUUGUCCAACCAGGCGCGGUUCAUACUCGAGAAGUGCGACAAGGGACUCGUCGUCGAGAACAAGAAGAGGAAGGCCAUGGUCGAGGAGCUCAUCAAGAGAGGAUACGCGCCGGAUCCCAUAGCGGACUGGAAGAAACGCGCGAGUAAGAUGCAAGGCCUCACCGCGCUGGAGGAAGAUGACGCUCAGGAGUCUGAGGAGGAACUCGAGGAGCCCGAUUCCAAGGGAAAGCCUGUGGAUCCUGAGAAAGCGUUCCAGCAGUUGAAGGAAGUGAAGAAGUUCAACUAUCUGCUGGGCAUGUCGAUGUGGAUGCUCACCAAGGAGAAGAAGGACGAGUUGCUCAAGCAGCGGGACCAGAAACUCGCAGAGCUCACCACACUCAAACAAAAGACUCCAUCGAUUCUAUGGCGGGAGGACCUCGAUGCUUUCCUGAUCAAACUAGAAGAAGUCGAAGAGAAGGAGCGUCAGGAAGAACUCAGCGUCAACAAAAAGAGCUCUAAAGCUAUGGCAGCGAACAAAAAGAACCGCAAGUCACUGUUCGACAUCAUUCCAUCUGAUAACGGGCGACGCGUCGAGCCGAAGAUAUCCGAUGAUCUCAUCAAGAGGAUCCAGGCGGCGGAGAAGGCCAAGACCAGGAAAGAGAUCAAGAAGGAGUAUGAUCCGGACGAUCCGACUGGCAUUAGUCCGUCCAGUGGCGAAAAGAAACCCAGAGGUCGUGUCAAGAAAGAGAAAGCGGAGAAACCGGAAAAACCCGAUAAACCCGAAAAGCCAGACAAGGCCGACAAGGAUGGUCUCAAACAGACCAAACUCACAUUCAAAAAGGAACCCAAGAAGAAGAAGAACUUCAGUGAGAGCAGUUCGGGCGAGAUGUCGGGCUCCGACGCGGAGGUGCAGGCCCCCGCGCCGAGGGAGAGGACCAACGCCAGGAGGGCUGCCACUAAGGUGCAAAAGUACAAAGACGGCUCUGAGGAAUCAGAAUCGGAUUCAGAAUUGGAGUUGUUGGACAACAAGGUGGAAUCUGAGACGGAAGCACCGCGAGCGUUGUCCGUCAGCGACGAUGAUGACGACUUCAACGUCAAGAAGAACCACGACAAGAAACCCGCCGAGAUGGACUCGGACUGCCUAUUUGACUCGCUAAUAGAGGACACGAAGAAAGAGGAGCAAGAGAGGGCCAAGGCGGAUUUGAACUCUCACUCCGUGGUGCUGUCGAGCGACGACGAUCUUCCUCCCGUUGAGCCAUCGCCGCCAAAGAAGAAGCCCACGGCUAAGAGGAAACUUAUGAACGUCGACAAGGAAGAAAAGAAACCGAAGAAACGGCCCGCCAAAGUGAUGCUUGAUAAUGGAAGCGAUGAUGAUGAUAGCAUAUUUGACAGCAAAAAGACAAAAUCGAGAAAAAAGCCGGCCAAUCCUAAGAAGAAGGCGAAGAAGUUGUCGAGCGAUUCAGAAUCGGAAUUCAACAUCAGUGACGGUUCCGCGAGCGAUUAGAUGUUAAUGGAGUAUU